AUGGCCGAUAACAACCCCACCACGGAGGAAUCGAAGGAGCCCUCCAAGAGCGCUCUGAAGAAGGCCGAGAAGCAGGCAAAGAUGGCUGCUGCCAAAGCCGAGAAAGCCGCGAAGCAGGCUGCUCUCCCUGUUGUCGGGGGCAAGAAGGAUGAUGGGAAGGAGCCUAUCGGUAUUAUGGCCUCUAAGGACACCAAUUUCAGCCAGUGGUACCAGGAGAUCGUCACGAAGGCCGAAUUAGUCGAGUACUACUCCGAAAUCUCUGGCUUCUAUAUCCUCCGACCGGGUGCCAUGUAUGUCUGGAAUGUCAUUCGGAAGUGGUUUCAGGAGAGAAUCGAGGGCAUGGGUGUCGAAGAGACGAGCUUUCCCAUGUUCUUGUCCUCCAAGUCACUGGAAAAGGAGAAGUACGCAUCCCCAAGCCUCAACAUCAUGAGCCACGUGGAAGGCUUCGCCCCUGAAUUGGCAUGGGUGACCAAGGCCGGUGACAAAGACCUAGAGGUCCCCGUCGCUGUGCGACCAACCUCUGAGGCUGUCAUGUACCCUUACUACGCCAAGUGGAUCAGAUCACACCGCGAUCUUCCCUUCAGACUGAACCAAUGGAACUCUGUUGUUCGUUGGGAGGCUAAGCAAACCACCCCUUUCCUGAGAGCAAGAGAAUUCCUCUGGCAGGAAGGACACACUGCUCACCUUACGGAAGAGCUUGCUGGAAAGGAGGUUCUUGAGAUUCUUGAGCUCUACGCUGGAGUUUACGAGCAAUUGCUUGCAGUCCCUGUUGUGCGCGGCAAGAAAACCGAGAAUGAGAAAUUCGCUGGUGGCCACUGGACGACAACCGUAGAGGGAUACAUCCCAACAAACGGCCGUGGUAUCCAAGGAGCAACCUCUCAUUGCCUUGGUCAGAACUUCAGCAAGAUGUUCGAUGUCACAGUCGAAGACCCCGAGAAGCAGGGCGAGAAGAUUCACGUCUGGCAGAACUCCUGGGGUUUGUCGACUCGCGUCAUCGGUGUAAUGGUUAUGUUACACAGUGAUGACAAGGGCCUCGUUAUGCCUCCUCGAGUAGCCAAACUUCAGGCCAUUCUCCUGCCCGUGGGAAUAACCGCCAAGAUGAGCGCCCAGGCUAAGGCGGACCACGCCAAAAAAGUCGAAGAACUCUACGAGACCUUGAAGAAGGCUGGUGUCCGUGCUGACGUCGACAACCGUGUCCCCCUUCGCCUUGAGUUUGGUCCCAAGGAUGCAGAAAAACAGGUGGUGAGCUACGCUCGACGUGAUACUGGAGAGAAGGGCACAAUCCCUAUCGCCGAAAUCGCCACCAAGGUCCCCGAGCUGCUCGAGACGAUUCAGAAAGCGCUCUACGACAAGGCGGAAACGUCCUUUAGAGAGCACCGACUGGUCUUGACCGACUGGACCAAGGUCGUCCCAGCUCUGGACGCUAAGAAUGUGGUCCUCAUUCCAUUCUGCGGGGAGAUUGCCUGCGAAGAGAGAAUAAAGGAAUUGACGAAGAGCGAAGAGCCCAAGGAGGGAGCACAGAACGAGAAGCAGCCAAGCAUGGGCAUGAAGAGUCUCUGCAUCCCCUUUGAACAGCCGGAUGGUCUGGUCAAGGGCGAAACCAAAUGUCUGAGUCCGGAAUGCUCAGCGCUCGCGGAGAACUGGGUUAUGUUUGGUCGCAGCUACUAG